CUUAUGGCUAAUUAUCUGCAACAACAGCAGCUUAUGGUUAAUUGCCAUCCCAAGUUACUUACGGUUAAUAACCUGUAACAACUACUACAGCUUAUGGAUAAUUACCAUCAACUACAACCUAGGCCUAUGGAUAAUUACCAUCAAAUGCAUAUGGUCAAGUGACAACAACCACUUAAUAAUAUUCAACAGGAUGGCAAUAAGUAUUUCCAUCAGCUGCAGGUAAUGUUCAACAACCUUAAUUCUAACAAUAAUAACCCUAGUAAGCUAUGCAAAGACCAGGAUAAAGUCCAAAAUAUUAAUGAUGAUAUAAAUACAU